GGAGUUCUCCUUUUUGGUCUAGUCGUCUAGUCGACUUCCGUCAUAACACUUGAUAGAGUAUCACUUGAUAUAUUAUAAUCACUUGCCCCUCCUCCUCUGCUUGCUCCUGUACCGUCUUUACCUUAUAGACUGUCCCCGACUGACGAUGUGGUUCUCACCGUCCGGAGCGGUGGCCACCUGCCUCCUGCUGUUGUCUCCGGCGACAGUAUUAUCAUUACAUGUAGAUGGCGGCUCCGACAACCUGAGCGCAUACCUUGCCGCACAUCCUGUGGCAACCAAAGCGGCGGCGGCCGUCUCUACAUUCGCUGACGCUGAUGCUAAUGCUAACACACUUACCCCGGAACUCAUCAACGCGGUGCUCAGUCAAUGCCCAUCAGGAUGUGUGGAAGCUGGCCUGAGUCCCCGCAACUGGACUGUGUACCCCCAAUUGGACCGGCUGGCCAUGUGCAACCAGACAAUGCUGCUUGACUUCUCCCUCUUCACGUCUCUGCGCAAGGACGGGUCUGUUCGCGCCUGUACGACCAAUUCCACCGAGCGGUUCGAUGCAGCCAUCACCCGCAAUACCAACACCCUCAAUGCCGCCUCUUGUCUGCCCAAAGGCCGCGUGACGACUCAGGUUCAGCAGUCGCUGCAGCUGGCUUUCAACCAGAGCCGCACCCCAGCCACAGUCGCGGACUUUGACGCCGCGGCGCAGCAACUUGCCGCCGCUUUGUCCCAGCGAAACAGCUCCGACUGCACCGACACAACCGCCUUUGCUUACUCCAACUCCGUCGCCCUCGGCCUCUUCGCUGGCUCUGGAGUCGGUGAUGUCCCGGCCGCUGUGCUGCAGCAGUUGCUGGCGAAAAUCAAGACCUCCGGCUUCUCCAGCAGCGCCGUGGUGCAGCUGUGUGCCCAGGACGGCCGCAGCUCCGAGUACACCUUCGGCAUUGUCGCCAGUGGAGAGCGCGAUGUAUACUUGGUCCAGGACGCCGUAGCCGCGUGGGCGUCGGCCGAAUGCAUCACUACCUUCGACGACGCGGAAGACUGGCUCGACAUCACACUGUCGGUGCCGAGUCUUGUCGGCAACAGCACCACCACUACUACUACUACUAACAGCACUGUCCGAGCCACACUCAAUAAACGAGCACUCAACGAACGAGCAGAGUGUUCGACCAUCCAGGUCGUCUCAGGUGAUAGCUGCGCAUCUCUAGCAGCGAAGUGCGGCAUUUCCGCCUCUGACUUCGACAAGUACAACCCCAGCAGCACCCUCUGCUCGACGCUGGUGGUCGGCCAGCACGUCUGCUGCUCUGCCGGUACCUUGCCUGACUACCGCCCGCAGCCAAAUGCCAACGGCACCUGCGCCUCGCACUACGUGGAGCCCGGCGAGAGCUGCGCGAGCCUCGCCGCGGCGAACGACCUCACUAAUGCCGAGAUCGAGAGCUUCAACACCGAUACCUGGGCCUGGGAGGGCUGCGACAACCUGCAGGCCUACCAGUACAUCUGCCUCAGCAAGGGCGACCCCCCUAUGCCGGCGCCCGUUGCGAACGCCGUCUGCGGGCCUCAGAAGCCGGGCACGCAACAGCCAGCAUCGGGCGUGUCGCUGGCCAGCCUGAAUCCAUGUCCGCUCAAUGCCUGCUGUAACAAAUACGGCCAAUGCGGCAUCACCCCAGACUUCUGCACCGAAUCCAAGUCGGCCACCGGCGCCCCAGGCACUUCAGCCCCCGGCCAGAAUGGCUGCAUCUCCAACUGCGGCACCGACGUCGUCGUCGGCGAUGCCCCGGCCGAGUACAUCAACAUUGGCUACUUCGAGGGCUACAACGUCGAGCGGCCCUGCCUGAACAUGGAGAUCACCGCCAUGGACCUGACGCCCUACACGCAUAUUCACUUGUCCUUUGGCGAGGUCUCAACGAGCUAUGAGGUCGACAUCAGCUCCAUCCAGGACCAGUGGGAGCUGUUCCAGCAGCUGUCGGGCUUCAAGAAGAUCUUGUCGCUUGGGGGCUGGAGCUUCUCGACCGACCCAGCAACAUAUUCCAUCUUCCGCGAGGGAGUCCAGCCCGGCAACCAGGAUACCUUUGUCGCGAACAUCGUGUCGUUCGUGACUGAUAAUGACCUGGACGGCAUUGAUAUCGACUGGGAGUAUCCUGCUGCCCCCGAUAUCCCCGGCAUCCCAGCAGGUAGCGCCGACGAUACUGAGAACUACCUCACCUUCAUCACCAAACUGCGGUCCGCGAUGCCGUCCGGCAAGUCCGUCUCGUUCUGCGCGCCGGCAUCCUACUGGUAUCUACGAGGCUACUCUAUCAGCAAAAUGGCCGCCGUGGCUGACUACGUCGUCUACAUGACCUACGAUCUUCACGGCCAGUGGGACUACGCUCACCCGUACGCCAUCGACGGCUGCCCGGCGGGCAACUGCCUGCGCUCGCAGGUCAACCUCACCGAGACCCUCCAGACGCUGGCCAUGAUCACCAAGGCCGGCGUGCCAUCCAACAAGAUCGCUGUCGGGGUCUCCAGCUACGGCCGCUCGUUCCAGAUGACGACGCCCGGCUGCACCGGGCCCAUGUGCACCUACACCGGCGGAGGAUCUGGCGCCUAUCCCGGGCCAUGCACACAAACCGCGGGCUACAUCGCCAAUGCCGAGAUCAACGCCAUCCUGAACGGCACUGGCAGCUGGGAGGACUCCACGGGAGCUGUGCACCACAUCAACUCGUUCUCAUCGUACUUGGAUACAGACAGCCAGUCGAACAUCGCCGUGUAUGACUCCACGCAAUGGGUCGGCUACAUGGACGACUCCGUCAAGCAGGACCGCAGCAAGCUCUACGAGAGCCUGCACAUGGCCGGCGUGAUCGACUGGGCCAUCGACCUCGACGGCUACGGCGGCGACGACGUCUCACCUGGGCCCGGCGGCAACCUCGUGUAUCCCCCGCAGAGCAUCUGGGACUCACCCGAUCCCCAGAUCGGCUGUACGCCUCCCUGCAUCAUCGUCCUGCCGCCAUACCCCCUGACCGUCACACACACGGUGACCAGUUGGCCGCCCCUGACCACCACGCUGCUGUCCUCCGACACAGCGGGCGGCGGUGUCUACGUGAAGACGACGACAAUCCCCGUGCCGGCCUUCUCCAUCAGUGAGGCCAGUCUGCAGCCGGUGACGCUGUAUUCGACCGACACGGACACGUACACAAUCAACCCAGUGCAGAGCAUCACGCCCUCCUCGUUCAUCUGGACGCUUCCUCCGGACUACGCCACAUUCCCUGUCACGACGCCCACCCCUAUGACAUCCAGGGACACCACCGUGCCCCUGACCAGCGUGCCCUCCGCCAGCUUCUUCUCAACCCCGGUCCCCGUCACCAUCCAACCCCAGCCCACGUACUCGGUCGAGUACCCCAAACCGCCCGUCACCGGGGGCCCCCUUACCGUCAAGGCCAGUACCACAGAGCCCAGUUCCACGAAGACCAGUACCACAUCCUCAGGGACUAGCCCCUCGACCUCAUGCACGGGGUCCGGCUGUGGCAAGCGCGACUGCAGCAUCUUUGGCUGCGGCGGCAGCACCAGCAGCGGCGGUGGUAGCAGCGGCGGCGGAUGCGGUCUGUUCGGCUGCGGCGGUGGCUGUGGCAUCUUUGGCUGCGGUGGUGGAUGCGGUAUCACAGGCUGCACGUCGACCUGCCCGCUGGGAUCAUGCGGUGGCUUGGGCUGUACUGUUCCCGGCGGUUGUGGAAAUACGCAGGGUCCCGAUGGCGGCGAUAGCAGCGACGAGUGCGAGGUUUCGGCCACGGUUUCGGCGUGCACAUAUCUGGUGACGAGUUAUAGCGCGUGGUAUCUGGCUUCGUCGACGACCACCACGGAAACUGCGUGACGAAGACGGCUUGCAACGGACAGGAUACGGCGGUUACCACGACGCCCGGCAGCCCCGAGUGCACGAUCGACCCGGAUGUCCAAAGUGCGCUGUCGGUUGAGCAGGCGGCCGAAGAGACGAUAAUUAAUGGGCAGCAGAUCCCGCUUGCCUUCGAGCCGACAAACCCGGCGGGCUACAAUGGAUCGACGUUUACCUUGACGCAGUUCGGGUUGACAGACACUCUCACGGUUGUGAAGACGUCGACGGUGACCAUCCAUCCGACUACAACGGUGACGGUCGUGGUGCCGCCGACGGCG